AUCGGCGUUGGCAGAAGGGGCUUGAGAUCCAUCCUGCUCUCCCUCCGGACAUUUCUGCAGGUAAGAGAUUGUGACCAAAGAUUUGCCUGCAAAUCAACUAUCAACAAGCAGUAGAAACCUAGCAAAAGGCAGCAGCCGCCAGAACUCAUGGAGGGCGGGAAACUCUCGGAUCCCCCGUCAGACACAAGCAGCACUCCGAAAAACCGCCAAAGAACCCAUGAAUGCUCAGAAUGUGGGAAAUCCUUUGCUCGCUGGUCCCUCCUUUUGACCCACAGAAAGGUCCAUGUGGGAAGUAGAUCCAGUCAAAGUUUGGAGGGUGAGAAAUCCUUCUCUGGAACAGACGCCAAAGAUCUCAGAAGCCCCCUCAGACUAACACCCUAUAAAUGUGAGGAAUGUAACUUAUGUUUUGAUCAAAAGUCAGAACUUCUUAAACAUCAGAAAAUCCACACUGGAGAGAAACCUUAUCAGUGUCUUGAAUGUGGGAAAUUUUUCCUUAAAAAAGCCAAUCUCAGGAAUCACGAGAGAAUUCACACAGGGGAGAAACCUUACAGCUGUUGGCAAUGUGGGAAGAGCUUUUCUCAGAACGCACAUCUUUGGAUCCAUGAGCAGAUUCAUGCAGGAAUCAAACCUUACAAAUGCUUUGAGUGUGGAAAAUGUUUCAUCCAGAGUUCAGCUCUUCAGAGUCAUGAGAAAACACAUAGAGGUGAAAAAAACGAAAAGUGCCUCGAAUGUGGGAAAUGUUUUACCUGGAAAUCAAACCUGUUGCAACAUCAGAGACUUCACACUGGAGAGAGACCCUAUGAAUGCCCAGAAUGUGAGAGACGAUUUGUAAAUUCUUCUGACCUUCAUAGACACCAGAAGAGUCACAAAGGAGAGAAACCCUAUAAAUGUGGGGAGUGUGGGAAAGGUUUUCUUACUCAAAGAGAGGUUCAGAGUCAUGAGAGGAUCCACACAGGGGAGAAGCCGUACAAAUGCGUGGAGUGUGGGAAAUGCUUUUCUGAAAAACACAACCUUGGAAGGCAUCAGAGGCUCCACACAGGAGUGAAGCCGUACAGAUGUGUAAUAUGUGGGAAAUCUUUUGCUCAAAAUGGAGACCUUUGGAGUCAUCAUAAAACCCACACAGGCGAGAAGCCAUAUGAAUGCAACGAAUGUGGAAAAUUUUAUCGUUCCGCAUCAAGCCUUAGAAAUCAUGUUAAGAUUCACACAGGGGAAAAAAAUUUCAAAUGUUUAGACUGUGGGAAAGCAUUUGCUCAGUCAUCUCUCCUCAGAAAUCACAGCCGAAUCCAUACAGGAGAGAAACCCCAUAAAUGCUCGGAGUGCGGUAAAUGUUUUUCUCAAAAAAGUACUCUUGUAAUACAUCAACGAAUCCAUACUGGAGAGAAACCGUAUAAGUGUUCAGACUGUGGGAAAUGUUUUGCCCAACCUGCAGCGUUUCACAGGCACACCCGAAAUCAUACAGCAUGACCUUACAAGUGUGCAGAGGGUGAGAAAACUUUUCGUUGUCAAUGACAGCUAAAAAUGCCUCAGAAACUCUACAACAGAGAUAAAUCUCCUCAGUUGUGAACAAAGUGGGAAACAUUUUUUUCAAAAGUCGCACGUUACCAUUCAUCAGGAACUUCACGAAGUUACAGAAGGGGAAUCCUACAAUUCUUUGGCAUGGGGAAAAUGUUUUUUGUAUUUUUUGUGAACUGUUAAGUGAUUUUAUAAGUCGAGUAAACCUUGUAAGGAAACCUUGAUAAAUCCUGAAACAUUCACCAAAGGGGGUCAUUGUAUAAAUGCUUGGAAUAUUGCAAAAUACUGAUUUCACUGGGACCUCUGGAGGUCCCAAAGGAUCCACAAGUAAAAGAAAUUGUGGGCUUCGUGGGUAGGAAAUAUUUUUCUGGAAUGUCUACCUGGGUCUGCAGGUAAAAACACCCUGAAGAGAAAACCCUCCAGGUGCUCGGACUACUGGACACUCUUUCCGGGUGACAAACCACAUCAGAGCUUGGUGUGUGGAAAAUCCUUGAAAUGAGACAAUUUUCAUACAUUUGUGAGUCCCCACAGAGAGAAAGCCUAGAAAUCUUAACAUUUUUCCUGAAAUCUUUUAAAAAAAACCACACACACAAUGUCAACGCUGCAAAUAUUGUAUAUUCUUGCUUUUGACAAUAUGCAGAA